UAAAUAUAUAUGUAUGUGUGGUUUAAUUUGCAGUGCAAGCCAGCCAUUGAAGUCGGAACUCGAUCAGAACCAUAUAAUAUGGAGGAGAGUAGUACUCCAUUAGGAGUGAGGAAAGGUGCUUGGACUGAAGAAGAAGAUCAUCUUCUAAGAAAGUUCGUAGAGAAGAAUGGAGAAGGAAAAUGGCACCAAGUUCCUCAUAUGACAGGUUUGAAUAGGUGCAGGAAAAGCUGUAGAUUGAGAUGGCUGAACUAUUUGAGGCCAAACAUAAAGAGAGGAGAGUUUACAUCAGAUGAAGUUGAUCUCAUUGUUAGGCUUCAUAAGCUGUUAGGGAAUAGAUGGUCACUAAUUGCUGGUAGACUUCCCAAUAGAACUGCAAACGAUGUGAAGAACUAUUGGAACACUCACCUGCAGAAGAAGCUAGUUGGUGCAGGUAAGAAAUUAGAGGCUAUGUCCAAACCCCAUAAGAUGAUCACGAAAGCCAACAUACUACGGCCUCGACCUCGCACCUUCACCAAAAAACCAACUCUGUUUAUGGGAAACAUCUCCUUAAUUCAAUCAGGAGAAACUCUAAACAAGCCAUCUCCCAGUACUUCAUCACCUGAUGUAGGGCUUGGUCAUCAUGAAAUGUCAUGGUGGGAUAACAUUGAAAUCGACAAUAAUAAUAAUGGAAACACAAUGUCCAUGGGUGAAUUAUGGGAUCAUAAGGGGCCCAAUAUUACAGGCCUCUGGGGUUCUACUGAAGAGCCACUAGCAACAGCAACAAUGGCAGCAGGUGAUGACAACAUGACUACUUCUGUUCAAGAAAGCAAUAAUUUUUGGAAUGACUUUUCUAUUGAUGAGGACCUCUGGAAUCUUUUAGGUCAUGACCAAGGGAUCGAAACUCAUUUAAUGGUUUAAUUUUUGUAGUUUUUUUUUUUUUUUUUUUUUCCAAAAACUUGGAGCUUUUCUUUCAAUGCAUAUGUUUCAUCGUAGCACUAAGAGAGAAUGUUACGUGUGCGUGUUCGUUUUACUCUAAAUAAGUAAAUAUGACGGAGUUCUCUUCUUUUGUGGCCUAGUGUUGAAUCUUUCUGGGUAAAUAUAAAUAUCUUUCUUUUUUUGGAAAGAGAGCGAGUGUGUACUAAAAACAAACUAAAAGGGUAUGGAAAAUCACAAGCCAAUUACCAUUCAAAAAAAAAAAAUCACAAGCCAAUUUGAUGUAUAUCAAAUGAGCUCAACUUGCUUAUUUGGUUUGUAACAGCCUUCCAUAAUCACAGCUUCCUGAUGAACCUAGCCUGUCAGCGCUUAGUAUCUCGUGUCUGUCCACAUCACACAAGUCCACAGAGG